GUCAAGAUGGCUUCAUAUUGGGAUGCUAGUAAGACAAGAUACAACCUGUGCCUUUCCAGAUAGGGUUACCAGACAUCCAGCAAAAGUCUUCCUUUUUUGUCUUCAUGCCUAGCAGGCAAAUAAAAUAAUUGAUUACUACCUUUGGGCUAGCUUGGCUGCUACCAGAAAUUGACAAAGCCAUAAUCAUCUAUGAACACCAACUAGCAGUCAGAAGACAUGAUGAAAACUCCAUAAUUGCCAUGGACAUGGACAGACUUAAGCAUAGUUUCAACUGGGAAACUGUGAGCAUCCUAACCAAGCCAAAUACAAAAACAAUAGAUGACCGGCAGGCAAGCGGCCUUGCACUGUUAGGUGACCUGCUCCGGAUUUCAGAGCUUCCAGCGCAUGAAGGAAUAUCUCUCUCCAAAACAGGUUGGCAAUUAUCAUGACCAUGAGGAGUUUGUUCUCGAAUCACAGUCAUUAUGUUGAAACUUUUCAAGUCUUCCUCAAGAAGUCAACUGAACAUCAGUGCAUGCUGGAUUUCAUUCACAAGAAGCUGCCCCAAUUAAUAUCCAGGAUUGGGAGCUGCCCAGAGUUAGUUGAAAGCAUCAGUAAUGGAAAAACUGAAAUCAACGUUUUAAGUGUUGGUGGUGGUUCAGGGGAAAUUGACCUUGAGAUUCUUGCAAGAUUACAGUCGGAAUAUCCUGGCGUGAUCAUUCAUACCGAUGUGAUAGAACCAAAUGCAGAACAAAUAAACAGUUAUAAAGAAUGUGUUGCAAAGGCAUCAGAUCUCAAGAAUAUAAAGUUCACUUGGCACAAAGAGACAUCCCUGGAAUAUGAAAAUCGAAUUAAGGACAGCAAAGAGAUGGGAAAAUGGAAUUUCAUCCACAUGAUCCAGAUGCUGUAUUACGUAAAAGAUAUGCCAGCUACCAUUAGAUUCUUUCACGGCCUCUUGAAACCUGGGGCCAAACUUCUCAUUAUUCUUGUUUCAGGACGCAGUAGCUGGGCCAAAUUGUGGAGGAAAUAUGGUCCUCGGUUACCUCCAAAUGAUCUUUGUUUAUAUAUUUCUUCUGCUGAUGUUGAAGAGAUGCUUGAUGGUUCUGGACUGAAGUAUCAGUCUUAUGAGCUUCUAUCAGACAUGGACAUUACAGAUUGCUUUACUGAAGGGAGCAAAACUGGGGAACUUUUGCUUGAUUUUUUGACAGAAACCUGUAAUUUCAGUAACACUGCCCCUCUUGAUCUAAAAAAUGAACUCAUUGAAGAUCUUAAAAAGCCUGAAUAUAGUGAAAGGAGAGGUGACAAGUAUUUUUUUAAUAACACCCUGAAUGCAAUAAUAAUUGAACAUUAAAAUGGAGAGACUUAUUUACAAACAUAAUAUCACUAUGAACUUGUUUAAUAUUUUAAUAAUGGUUGUAUGUGAAACGUGAGAUAAAUACAGACAGAAACACCCAAGUGGGAUAUAUUAUUUUGUGCCUCGAGUUAUCAUUGUUAAGAGUAUCAAUACCAGUAUGUGUUUGCAAUGUUGCAGAGAGACACCUUAUUAAUAAAUUAAAACUUACUUUA